CUACAGAAAUGCAAUAUCUAGUUCAGUGUUUAUUUAUUAUCAGUUCUCACUACAAACCUGAUUAAAACAUGUAAAAUAAUGCCGUCUUCUUAAAGGGUGAUAAUAAUUUAACGGUUAGCUUGCUGAUAAGUUCUUUUCAUACCGUGAACGAACGGUUUCUGUUGGAAUGUGAAUUCAUCAAGUAGUAAUAAGUGUGGUACAAAACAAACUACAAAGAAUCCAUUGAUAUAUUUAGUGUGUUAUUGACGACUCCAUUCCUCAGUACGUUUUUUGAAAAAUAGUGAUCUCAUUUUUCUGGAGCAACCUUAUUCAGAUUAUCUAUAUAAAAUUCCUUGUUCACCAGAACACCAGACAUUAAUCGAUUCUGUGCUUGCAUCAAACAUUGAAAACGUCGUGUUAUUACAUAAUGCGAAGAUGGAAUCUACAACUCCUAAAGAUAGCAAGUGCCAGCGAAUGCUACAACUUCUGGCUGUUAUAGCUAUGGUAAUACUUCAAGUACCCGGUUUCUUGUUGUUGGCUCCUUUAACUUUGUACCUAAUCCUAUACACAAAAUACUGGUGGUUUUGUUUGAUGUAUGUUGCUUGGUAUUCAACAGUUGAUAAGAAAUCGUGUGUAACCGGUGAAAGAAGAUCCGAAUGGGUUAGGUCAUGGUCAUGGUGGGAUUAUGCUACUGACUAUUAUCCACUGAAGGUGGUUAAGCUUCCUUGGGGCAAAUUAGAUCCAAGACGAAAUUAUCUUUUUUGCUAUUUUCCUCAUGGUAUGUUAUCUGCCAGCUCGUUUUUAACAAUAGCAACAAAUGCAACGGAAUUUGGAAAAUAUUUUCCUCGUCAUGAACGAUAUCUUCAUACUUUGAAUUUAUUCUUCAAAGUUCCUUUUUUGAGGGAACUUGGCCUCUGUGUUGGAGGUCUGGAUGCGUCAAAAGAAGCCCUCGUCAACAUUCUGAGUAAGGAAGGCGGAGGCUACAUAUCUACUUUGGUAGUUGGGGGCGCUCAAGAAGCAUACUUUUGCAAACCUGGAGUUCAUAAGAUUAUUUACAAGAAAAGAAAGGGCUUCAUCAAGAUAGCUAUAAUGCAAGGUGCUCCUCUUGUUCCUGUCUAUUGUUUCGGUGAAAACGAAUUAUAUACUCAGGUGGAAGUGGCGACAGAUUCAUAUUUCCACAAGUUUAGGGAGAUUAUAAGAACAAAAUUAGGAUUUUCAUUGAUUUUCCCUAUUGGAAGAAAGGGUUUGCUUGCUAUCAUACCAAGACGCAAACCGUUGACGAUUGUUGUGGGAGAACCAAUAGAUGUCCAGAAAACCGAAAAUCCAACCCAAGAACAGAUCGACAAUUUGCAUAAACUUUUUGAGAAGAAACUAGUGGAGCUAUUUGAGAGUCAGAAGAGAUUCUAUUUGAAAGAUCACGAAUCGGCACAUUUAGAAAUAUGUUAAUACUGUUUACGUAUUAUUUCUGACGAUUCUGAUGAUUUCAAUAGGAUUUAUGUUUUUGUAUAAUUAUGAAUACAUUUUUGUAAUUCUCAAUGAGAUAUUGAUUUUCUAAAACAAAAAUAAUAUUGAUCAGUGUUAAUUUGAGUAGGUAAAUGGUUAACAUAUUCCAUUAAAUUUUUAUACAUUCAUUCUA